GCAGCAAGCGAGCCGAGCCAACUGAGGCUCCAGUGGAGAAGAGAGAAGGGUCUGUGUGUCAACUGUACAUCGAGAGGUCUACGGGGAGAGAGAGAGGCAUACAUGCAGGGUGGCUGCUGAGGGCUGCCUCUUGCUAUGGGUUUACUUGCGCGAAUACGCAAGGAAUGGUUUAUAAUCGGAAUAGUCGUGGCAAUUGGAUGCGCAAGACUUGAGCCUUCUGUUGGGGUGAAAGGAGGUCCUCUUCGGCCAGAGAUCACUGUGUCUUACAUCGCCGUCUCUGCCAUCUUCCUCAACAGUGGUCUGUCACUGAAGACAGAGGAGUUGGCGUCAGCUCUCCUCCACGUGCGCCUGCACCUGUUCGUCCAGAGCUUCACCCUCCUCUUCUUCCCAGCAUGCAUCUGGCUCCUGGUCCGCGUCCUGGAGCUCACCUCCAUGAACCAAUGGCUGUUGAGAGGGUUGCAGACAGUUGGCUGUAUGCCCCCACCAGUGUCCUCUGCUGUCAUCCUUACCAAAGCUGUCGGAGGAAAUGAGGCUGCAGCCAUCUUCAACUCUGCCUUUGGCAGUUUCCUGGGCAUCGUGGUGACCCCUCUGCUGCUGCUCCUGUUUCUGGGCUCCUCCUCUGCGGUGCCCUUCUCUUCAAUCUUCUCUCAGCUCUUCAUGACUGUCGUCGUCCCCCUGCUCAUCGGACAGGUGUUGCGGCGCUGGCUGAAGGACUGGUUGGAGAGGGCUCGUCCUCCGUUCGGGACCGUCAGUAGCGUUGUGCUGCUCCUCAUCAUAUACAGCACCUUCUGCGAGAGCUUCAGCAGACCAGACACACACAUAGACCACGUCAGCCUACUGCUGCUCUGCUUUAUAGUCUUCUCGGUGCAGUUGAGUUUCAUGCUCCUGACCUUCGUCAUCUCCACCAGACCAGCGUCAGGGUUCAGCCCAGCCGAUACUGUGGCCAUUGUGUUCUGCGCCACACACAAGUCACUCACGCUGGGUAUCCCCAUGCUGAAGAUAGUGUUUGCGGGUGAUGAGAACCUGUCGCUGGUGUCGGUGCCGCUGCUGGUGUACCACCCGGCUCAGAUACUGCUGGGCAGCGUACUGGUACCCUCCAUCAGAGCAUGGAUGACCAGCCGACAGAAGGCUAUGAAGCUGACGAGCCCCAUCUAACACAUGAUCAUUGUCCCCAAAGGGAAGUGCCUUAUCGUCAUCACGUCGACACUGAAUGACACACAACUCUGAAGAUUCCAUUACCUUCUUUUUUUUCUUUUUUCCUUUUUUUUACUCACCAGAAUGUAGUUUAUUUUUUUACUUGUGAUGAGCCAUUCCUUACACUACUGUCGCACCCACACACACAGGAAGCAAGAAUAUUGUUGUGCUCAAGAUGCAUCAAAAAAUUAACAAGUGCGUGGACCCAAAUGGAAAGGUUCAAAACGGUCAAGCACGAAGGAGGUUUUUUUUUAGAGAGCAGAGUAGAGCAGAUGUUUUAGGGUUCUGCUUUCAUCAGUGCUGUCUGUGCUCACAUGACCAAACCUUAUUUACUGAUCAGGGUUGCGUUUCUUGAAGUUUCCGUACCUAACUAUAUUAGCUACUUUGGUGGUUGCAAUUCAAUUUCUCUUAAGCAAUUAACGAAGUUGCUAACUGGGUAGCAGCGACGUUUUCAAAGAAACAGGGUCCAGGCUAAAGCCUCAAACAUUCACACACUCCCUCAGAUACAUAUCUCCACACAACCAUCUACAGUAGACUGUUGUGCGGUUACGUUGUUACUGAAAGCUCUGAAAGCUCUUGUGUUGUUACUGAAAGCUCUUUUUUUAAAUUAUAUUUCUGAAUCAUCACUCAUACACACUCUUGUUACAAUGAUGUGAAGUAUGAUAUUUUUACUGCCCUGCUUUUGGAGUAAAAUUUGUUACACACCCCGAA